CAAACAUACAUCGCACUGUAAAUAUGGCAAAAAUUAAGACUGUUGAGUACUUCCGCCUUCCGCCUCGGUGGCUAUUCGUGAAAAUAGUAGACGAAGAUGGCAAUGCGGGGUGGGGAGAAGCAAGCCUGGAGGGUCACACACAGGCGGUCGAGGGAUGUCUCGACGCAUACAGAUCGAGAGUAAUUGGCAUGGAGGCAGAUGACAUCGAGCAUAUCUGGCAGCUUCUUUAUCGCUUCGGCUUCUACAGAGGCGGCCCAGUCUUGAUGAGCGCCCUAUCUGGCAUUGACAUAGCGUUGUGGGACCUGAAGGCUAGAAAACUCAAUGUCCCAAUUUACCAAUUGCUCGGGGGCAAGGUCCGAGACACUAUCAAAGUGUAUGCCUGGAUCGGUGGCGACCGUCCCGGCGACGUGGAAAUCCAAGCCAAAGCCAGAAAGGCCCAGGGCUUUACAGCAGUCAAAAUGAAUGCCACCGAAGACCUCGGUUGGAUGGACUCUCCAUCCGCCCUCGCCAGCUGUGUUGAGCGUGUCAAGGCUGUGAAGGCGCUCGGCCUCGAUGCUGGUGUCGACUUCCAUGGCCGUGUGCACAAGCCGAUGGCCAAGCAGCUCGCACGCCUUCUGGAGCCCCACCAGCCAAUGUUCCUCGAGGAGCCACUGCUGUCGGAGAACAUGGAGGGCAUUAAGGAGAUCAGCCGGCUGACGACGGCGCCGAUUGCUCUGGGCGAAAGGUUGCAUUCGAGGUGGGAUUUUAAGAGAUUCCUCGAGGCGGGCGCUGUGGAUAUUGCGCAGCCGGAUAUCUCGCAUUGUGGAGGGAUUUCAGAAAUGAGGCGAAUUGCGACGAUGUGUGAAGCUUAUGACGUGGCGCUGGCACCCCACUGCCCUCUUGGACCUAUUGCUCUCGCAGCGAAUAUCCAAGUCGAUGCGGUUUCUGCAAACUUUGCUAUCCAGGAGAUGAGUCUUGGGAUCCACUACAACGCCGGGAGCCAGGACCUGUCUAGCUACACAACUAACCCGGAGGUUUGGGACGUCAAGGAUGGAUACAUUGGGUUGCUGAAGGGCCCUGGGCUGGGGAUCGAGAUUGAUGAGGACAUGGUGAGACGUUUGAGCGUGGAUGCCGAGGCAUGGGUCAGUCCUGGGUUUGUGGGACCCGGGGGCGAGGUGAGAGAAUGGUAG